AGUCCUAUGGGCAGCCCAACACGACGUCGGCCGACCGCAGCGCAGAGAUCUUAUCGGCUGAGCGGACCCUCCUGCUCAACCGGGCGUCGUGCUAUCUCAAGCUGCACCGAUACAGAGAGGCCGUCAGCGACUGCGGUCGCUGACGGCCGCUCUCACACACACGGAGGACGCCACGGCUUCGCCUGAGGACCGCUCGGCGGCCAUGAAGGCGCACUACCGCCGAGGAAUCGCCUGUGCGCGUCUGCACCACUGGCGCGAGGCGUGUGGGGACCUGCUGAAGGUCGCCAUGUGCAGCCCUGUGGAUGGUGAUGGUGAGAUGGCCGCCAAGAUGAAGAGAAAGGCCCGGGGGCUGGUCAAGGAGUGCAUAUCGGAGUAUCGGAGGCAGAGGGCCGGCGAGUGGAAAAGACAGAAGGAGGCGUGGAGGGACAGGGAGACAUGACUGAUGAUUGUGUGACACUGUGUGGGUUUCUCUCAGAGUGUUGAUUGCUGGUGAGACACUUCCUUUUUCAUCCCCAAUCAAGUAUGGCCUUCUGGUAUGUGCGGCUGCGGCUCCACAGACAGGAGCUUUCGCCCGUGUGUGUGUGUGUGUAUUGCAUCUUGGACUGAUUCUUUGAUCCUCCAUUGAUUUGUCCGUUUG